UAGUCAAUUUCUUUGAUAAUCCCACGGUAUCUCUCCCUCUCUCUCUUCUCUCUCUCAUAAGCAGCACUUUUGAAGUCGCCGGCCAAAUUCGUCUCUUCUCUGCUCCUCGCCGGUGACCGCAGAUCACGGGGCGGAUCUUAAUUGUUCGAAACGAUCGUCAAAUUGAUCGGCGAUCAUCUCACCGGAGAGUUCUGGAAGAGUUGUUUACAUUCUCCAGCAGUUAAUUCUUUGGUUUCUGCAUUGAAGAGAGUCGUUUUUUCUUUUUGGAAUUUUGAGAAGAUCAGUUUAUAUUUAUGAAUCUUGGACUAGAUGAAAUAUAAUGAUGAUUGAUCGAGUCACAUAAAUUUGGUUGAGAGUUAGCGGAAGUGAAGAUUCCUCUACUGUAGCUUCCCGGAGUUCUCUCGGUGUGUGUGUGUGUGUGUUUUCUUUCUUCUUUUGGUUGUUUUGCAAAUUUUGGUGAGUGGGAGCUGAGCAUAAAAUUAGCUGAUUCAAUUGAUAAACGAAGGAAAUAGAAAAGAACAAGAGAGGGGGAACAUACGAAUUGUGAGGUUUAGUAGGGAUGUCAAAGGUGGUGUACGAGGGUUGGAUGGUGCGGUAUGGGAGGAGGAAGAUAGGAAGAUCCUUUAUUCAUAUGCGGUAUUUUGUCCUCGAGCAUCGGUUGCUUGCCUAUUACAAGAAGAAACCACAGGACAAUGUGGUUCCACUCAAGACUCUCCUUAUAGAUGGAAAUUGUAGGGUGGAAGAUCGGGGCUUGAAGACUCACCAUGGACAUAUGGUUUAUGUGUUGUCCAUCUACAACAAGAAAGAGAAGUACCAUAGACUGACGAUGGCAGCUUUCAACAUUCAGGAAGCUCUUAUUUGGAAAGAAAAGAUUGAAUCUGUUAUCGAUCAGCAUCAAGAGUCACAAGCUGUUAAUGGUAAUAAGUACCAGUCUUUUGAAUACAAAUCUGGAAUGGAUAAUGGGAGGAAAUCCUCAUCAUCUGAUCAUGAAAGUCAGUUCAGUGCUGCCGAGGAUGAAGAUGAUAGCCGUCAUAGUUUAAUGCGGAGAACAACCAUUGGAAAUGGUCCUCCUGAAUCUGUAUUUGAUUGGACAAAGGAAUUAGAUACAGACUUGGCAAAUCAAAGCACGAACAAUCAGGCAUUUUCUAGAAAGCACUGGCGCCUGCUCCAAUGCCAAAAUGGACUUCGCAUCUUUGAGGAGCUUAUUGAAGUAGAUUUUCUUCCAAAGAGCUGUAGUAGAGCAAUGAAGGCCGUUGGAGUUGUGGAAGCUACAUGUGAAGAAAUAUUUGAGCUUGUAAUGAGCAUGGAUGCAACGCGUUUUGAGUGGGAUUGUACUUUCCAGUAUGGUAGCUUAGUAGAGGAGGUAGAUGGACAUACAGCAAUACUGUAUCACAGGCUUCAGUUAGACUGGUUAUCUAUGUUAGUAUGGCCUCGUGACCUUUGUUAUGUGCGCUAUUGGCGUCGAAAUGAUGAUGGGAGCUAUGUUGUAUUAUUUCAAUCAAGGCAGCACGAGAAUUGUGGCCCACAGCCAGGAUUUGUUCGAGCUCAUAUAGAGAGUGGAGGGUUUAACAUCUCCCCUAUGAAACCUCAUCACGGAAGGCCCAGAACACAGGUGCAGCAUCUUACGCAAAUUGAUCUGAAAGGCUGGGGAGUGAAUUACAUUUCAUCUUUUCAGCAGCAUUGUCUGCUUCAAAUGUUAAAUAGUGUUGCUGGACUGCGUGAAUAUUUUUCGCAAAGUGAUGAAAGGGCAGCUGCACCAAGGAUCCCAGUUAUGGUUAACAUGACAUCAGCUUCUGUUUCCUCAAAGAAGAGCGAAAAGCUCUACGGUUCUUCUGUACAUAAACGAAGUAUGUCUUUAGAUCAAAUAACUUCUUCGAAUAAGAAUGUGUCAAUGAUGGAUGACUAUUCUGAUGAGGAUGAAGAUUUUCAAGUGCCUGAUCAAGAGGUGUUGCCACCCAGUCUUGACAGUGAAGUGAAGAAAUCUGCUUCUGAAGAAGAACUAGCAGACAAUAUUGAUUUGUCCAUUUUCUCGGGUAACCUCCGGCGUGAUGACCAUGAAAAAGCUCGUCACUGCUGGAAUAUAUCUGAUGGAAACAAUUUCAGAGUUCGUAGUAGGACUUUUUGCUAUGAUAAGUCAAAGAUUCCAGCUGGAAAACAUCUUAUGGACCUUGUUGCUGUUGAUUGGUUCAAAGAUUCAAAGCGAAUGGACCAUGUAGCGAGGCGGCCUGGAUGCACAGCACAAGUUGCCUCUGAGAAAGGACUAUUCUCAUUGGUGAUAAAUGUACAAGUACCUGGAUCAACACACUACAGCAUGGUAUUCUAUUAUGUGACAAAGAAAUUAAUACCUGGUUCUCUUCUGCAACGUUUUGUUGAUGGGGAUGAUGAGUUCCGAAACAGCAGACUGAAGCUUAUCCCUUCUGUGCCGAAGGGCUCAUGGAUUGUGCGUCAAAGUGUUGGAAGCACCCCAUGUUUAUUAGGGAAGGCUGUUGAUUGCAACUAUGUUCGUGGCAAUAACUACUUAGAAAUUGAUGUUGAUAUUGGUUCAUCAACUGUUGCAAAUGGAGUUUUGGGACUUGUGAUUGGCGUAAUGACAACAUUAGUUGUUGACAUGGCUUUUCUAGUACAGGCGAAUUCCGCGGAAGAGUUACCAGAGCGGCUUAUAGGUGCUGUUCGAGUUUCGCAUAUAGAAUUAUCGGCAGCUGUUGUACCAAAGCUAGAUCCAGAUCCAUCAGAUUUGCCCAAAUCAUGAUGACCUUUGCAACUUUUACAAAAUCAUUGAUCGGUUAUAAUCUCAUGCAUGCUGGCCAUUUCUAUUGAUCAAUUUCUUCAUGCCUGACAUAUCUUGAAUUUUCAUCUAUUUCUUCCAUUAAAGGUUGUCGUGUCUUCAACAUCCUUUUAUCUUUUCUCUAAUUAAAUGAGUCUUUAGGGUAGCAAGAUUGUGUCAAUAUUCUUUUUCCGUUGCGAUGUAAUCUUUACAUCACUU